GGAAGGAGGUGCGGGCGCCGGGCGCGGGGAGCGGGGACCCGGGGACCCGGGGCUGCGAGGGGCGGGGCGGCCGCGCGGGGGAGGCGGGCUGCGCGCCAUCCUCACCCCCGCAGGCUGAUUACAGGCCGCCCCCCGCCCCCGGCCCCCGGCGACCAGAAAGUGCGGUGACCCCCUCCGCUGUCCGGGCAACUGCGCGCCACCCCUCAACCCCAGACGGCGUACUGCUGCGCGCCUCCCUCCCGCUGCCCACUUGUCAUCACUCUUGCCCCCGCCUGAAGAAGCUGAGGGUCCCCAAACCAGACCGGGCUUGGAGGCGGAGCCAUACCUGGAAGGCAGGACCAUCAGAAGGCUUGCUUGGAUGUGGACUGGUAAGAAAGCUGAGGUACAAACCUAUAAAGUCACUUGCCCCUAAGCACAGGGCUUGCAAGGAGUAGAGUGAAGAUGUGAACUCAGGUUGAGUUCCAGGACCUUCCACUGCAGGCCAUCACGCUGCCUCUACAGGAGCAUUAAGCACCUCAGACAUCAUCUGAGGAGGCGGAAUACAUUCUAGAAGAGAAGCAAAGACGAAGUCAUUAUGGCUUCCGUGUCUACUCAUGGAAACCAAGACAAAGGUCCCCAUUUGUCACCACCAAGCAAGCAGAGUCUAUUGUUUUGUCCAAAAUCAAAACUGCAUAUCCAUAGAGGAGAGAUUUCAAAGAUUAUCCGGGAAUGUCAAGAAGAAAGUUUCUGGAAGAGAGCUCUGCCUUUUUCUCUUGUAAGCAUGCUUGUCACCCAAGGACUAGUCCACCAAGGUUAUUUAGCAGCUAAUCCAAGAUUUGGAUCAUUGCCUAAAGUUGUGCUUGCUGGUAUCCUAGGAUUUGGCCUUGGAAAGGCAUCAUACAUAGGCAUAUGCCAGAGUAAAUUCCAUUCCUUUGAAGAUCAGCUACGUGGGGCUGGUUUUGGUCCAGGACAUAACAGGCACUGCCUGCUUACCUGCGAGGAAUGCAAAACUAAACGUGGAUCAAGUGAGAAGGGAGAUUCACAGCCUUCGGCUUCCUAAACUGUUUUGCAUUUGAAGUUUCUUAAACCUCUGAAUUUGUACACACUUAACAUGUCAAGUGUACUUUAAAAUAAUAUAGUGGAAUAGAAA